CAGUUGUGUAGAGGCAGGUCAUUCAUGCAUUACGGAGAAGUAGUUUAAGUGGCAUUCUAGUAAAUUCUAUCUUGUUUUCUGUUUCAAACGCUGAGUUAACUAGGAAAAACGGUACAAGUGGAGUGAGGGUGGCAUUUGGUGUAACGAAGAGCAGUGACAAGUAAAGAAAAUUGCGGACUAUUAUUUUGCAUUUCCGCAGCUUCGCUUACACGCACCCGUACACGCUGAUGGCGGUCACUGUGGAGGAGUUAUACCGUAACUAUGGGAUCCUUGCAGACGCUAAGGAUAACCUGAGCCAGCACCGGGAUGCAUAUCAAGCAAUCCUGGAUGGCGUCAAAGGCGGCCCGAAGGAGAAGCGUCUGGCUGCACAGUUCAUUCCCAAAUUCGUAAGCAACUUCCCAGAGCUGGCGGACGCAGCGAUCAAUGCUCAGCUUGACUUGUGUGAGGACGAAGACGUCUCGAUUCGUCGGCAAGCCAUCAAGGAGCUCCCGCGGUUCGCUGCUGGAGAUAACCUGGCCAGACUGGCAGACAUACUGACACAGCUUCUUCAGACAGACGAUUCUGCAGAAUUCAACCAGGUUAACAUUGCCCUGAUCUCCAUUUUCAAGAUGGAUGCAAAAGGAACCCUUGGCGGCCUGUUCAGUCAGAUACUGCAGGGGGAGGACAUUGUGCGGGAGAGGGCCAUCAAGUUCUUGUCCUCCAAGAUAAAGACGCUGCCUGAGGAUGUCAUGACCAAGGAGGUUGAGGAUUUCAUAUUCACAGAGACCAGGAAGGUGAUGGAGGAUGUGACGGGAGAGGAGUUUGUCCUGCUAAUGCGCAUCCUGUCUGGCCUGAAAAGCCUACAGACAGUGAGCGGAAGGCAGCAGCUGGUGGAACUGGUGGUGGAACAGGCCUUCCUGGAGCAAGCACUCAACCUGGCUGAUGUGGACAACGUGGACAGGCUGCUGCAGUGUACCCGCCAGGCCUUGCCCCUCUUCUCCAAAAAUGUGCAUUCUACAAGGUUUGUGACAUACUUCUGUGACCACGUCCUGCCCAACCUCAGUACACUGACCAGCCCCGUACCUGAGCUGGACAUCCAGCUAGAGGUGCUGAAACUGCUGGCAGAGAUGAGUCCAUUCUGUGGAGAUAUGGACAAGCUGGAGGCCAAUUUGACAAUGCUGUUUGAAAAGCUACUGGAAUUCAUGCCCCUGCCUCCAGAGAAUGCUGAAAACGGGGAGAAUGCCAGCAACGAGGAGCCCAAACUGCAGUUUAGCUAUGUGGAGUGUCUGCUCUUCAGCUUCCACCAACUUGGCAAGAAAAUGCCUGACUUCCUCAUCGACAGAAUCAAUGCUGAGCGGCUUAAGGACUUCAAGAUCAGGUUACAGUACUUUGCACGCGGGCUACAAGUGUAUAUCCGCCAGCUUCGAGUCGCCUUGCAGGGCAAGACAGGGGAUGCUCUGAAGACAGAGGAGAACAAAAUCAAAGUUGUUGCAUUAAAGAUCACCAACAACAUCAACGUCCUCAUAAAGGAUCUCUUCCACAACCCACCCUCUUAUAAGAGUACCAUCACUCUGUCCUGGAAGCCAGUGCAGAAGACCGAAGCCGCUGGUCAGAAGCGGUUGUCAGGGGAGGAGCUUGGAACAGAGGCAGGGACCACGGUGAAGAAGCUCUCUCCACUGCCCAGGAGGGACGCGCGACAGAUCUACAACCCCCCCAGCGGGAAGUACAGUGCCACCAUUGGCAACUUCUCCUAUGAACAGCGUGGUGGCUUCCGUGGGGGGCGGGGCCGAGGCUGGGGAGGCCGGGGUAAUAGGACCCGUGGGAAGAACUACUGAAGAACCCAGCCAGGUUCCCUCACGAUCGUACCAGGCUCGCUGUGUUGGCGAACUGCGUCAUCCCUGCUGCCCCCUCCAGCUCCUUAGCAGCCUUUACAACAUUUUCCCUCCUCUCCAAUCACCUGUAAAAAA